CGGCGAGCAGCGUUUGUCUUGAAGAAAUCGCAAACAUCCAGACAUGGUGAAGCAGACCAAGGCCAAAACUUUCCAGGCCUAUCUGGACUCCUGUCAUCGUCGCUACAGCUGCGUCCACUGCCGGGCACACCUGGCCAAUCACGAUGACCUCAUUUCUAAGUCCUUUCAAGGCAGUCAAGGACGAGCCUACCUGUUCAAUUCUGUGGUGAACGUAGGUUGUGGUCCAGCUGAAGAAAGGCUGCUGCUUACUGGUCUUCAUGCUGUGGCUGAUAUUUAUUGUGAGAAUUGCCACACCACACUGGGCUGGAAAUACGAGCAGGCCUUUGAGUUGAGCCAGAAGUAUAAGGAGGGCAAGUUUAUAAUUGAAUUAUCUCACAUGAUUAAGGAUAAUGGCUGGGACUGAAGCUUUGUAUUUAACUUGCUGUCACCGCUUGCAGCUUCUUCAAGAUCGACAUGAAAUAUGCUUUUUUUUAUUUGUAUAUAUAUAUCCAUUUAUGAUGUACAUUACUAUUGUGAGCACCUUUUUCCACACUGAUAUCCCAAUGCACCAGUUUUUCAGAGAGGGGGUCUUGGGUUGUUUUGUUUGUAUAUUUUUUUACAUGUGUGUUUGUGUGCGAGGCAUGCUUUAGAGAAGCUGUGCUAAUAUCUUAUGAUCCACUUAAAUCCAGUUUUGAAGAUUUCUUGAUUUUUGUUGGGAUUUUGACGUUAGCCCUCAAAUUCUCCAGAUUAAGUGCAAUUGAUGAGGUUUGGACGAUAUAUGAUCAAAUUUGAAGAUCCUUUUUUUAUUCGAAUCGUUUUUACUUUAGAGAACGAGUUUUUUUGAACGAGGUAGUGCAAGUUUAAUUUUUCUGUGUAUGUGUGUGCGCGUGUGUGUGCGUGCGUAUGUGGCUUAGAGAGGAUUAUGUGCAAUAUGUGUGAGUGAGAGUUUAUUUAAAGGAUGAUUCAUGCCUCCAAAUUCAGUUCUUUCGGUUGAAUUCAUCUUUUAAUUUACCAAGUCGCUGAGGGAUCCCGACUAAUGAACAUCUGCUCAUAAGUUUGUGUAAGCGAACAGGCUUAUUGGCUAUAGAAGAGAUUGUCCACAGUCGACUGAUGUUCUUAAAGACACUUUAGUUACAGCUGAUAUGAUGUCAUUGGGAUAUUCAUUUUUAUGUUUCUUAUUUCCUGCAUUUUGUGUAUGAAAAAUGUUGUAAUCUAACGUUGAGCAGCAUGUACAGAGACAUUGAUCUGAUCAUGUUAGAGCAGACAUGCCAUGCAGAUGUGUUAUGAUUGUGUAGCUGAGUAUUUCUUUGAAUGCUAAACCAUUAAAGUGUAUUACAUUAACCUGAAUUCUUUACAUUAAAGUAUGGGGUAAAUGGAAAA